AUGCCAUUUGAAGUCAAGACGUCAUUGCUCGACAAUGUGGAUGGCUCAGCUGAGUUGAUCAUAGGAAAUAACAAGAUUAUAACGUCUGUAUCAGGUCCUAUAGAAGCGAAACCCAGGCAAGAAUUACCGACCUCAUCGAGCUUGGAAAUUGUAAUCAGACCAGCAGUGGGAAUUUCUUCGACAAGAGAAAAGCUUAUAGAAGAUAAAUUGAGAUCUCUAUUGCAGAGUGUAAUAAUAGGGCAUAAAUUUCCUAGACAGUUGAUCCAAAUUGUUGUUCAGUUUUUAAUAACAGAUACUAAUGAAGCAUAUACAAGCACAGAACUAAAUGCAGCCAUAAACUGCUGUUAUUUUGCUCUUAUAGACGCACAAAUACCAAUGUAUUCUUCAUUUGCAUCGACUACUAUAUCUAUAAACGACAAGAAAAUAAUUGAAAAUCCAUCGAUUGAGCAGUUAAAGGAUAGUGAAUCCCAUCAUGUAAUAUGCUUUAUAAUAGAAAAUGGUGAGACAGAUAGAUUAUUGUUAUUGGAAAGCCAAGGAAAGUUUACUGAAGACCAGUUGUUUGAGGCAAUUGAACAAGGAAGUAAAGCGUGCCAGCUAAUCCACCAGGAUUACCAAAGGAAGUACAUUAAACAAAAACUUGAGGAUGACUACAUAUGGAGGACUCAAUGA